AUGAUGAGAAUUAGGGACGAAGUGGAACAUGAGAUAUGGUGGCAACAAAAAGAAGGGACUGCUAGUUUCUGGAUGGACAACUGGACAAAGCAAGGUGCUCUAUAUUUUACUGAACCACAAGGACUAAAUGAGGAGGUGGAAGUGAAGGAAAUGAUCUUGAAUGAACAGUGGAAUACAUCUAGACUACGACAGCUAAUUUUUGAAGAUAUGGUGAAGUGCAUUAUGGAUAACAUUAAUCCUAGAAUGAAGGGAGAAGACAAAGCAUGGUGGAUGGGCAACACACAAGGAGAAUUCACUGUUAAAUCAGCAUUUCAACUAAUGCGAAGAAAAAAAGAGGAGUAUGAAUGGAGGAAUAAUAUUUGGAUAAAGGGGCUCCCUUUUAAAAUUUCAUUCUUUCUUUGGAGGGUAUGGAGAAAGAGAAUCCCAACAGAUGAUGUCAUCAAGAAGAUGAAAGUAUAUAUGGCGUCCAAAUGCUACUGUUGUAAUGUGGGGGAAGAGGAAACAAUACAACACAUUUUUCUAACGGCUCUUAUAGCUCAAAAGCUAUGGAAUCACUUUGCUUCUUGUGCAGGUAUAAACAUUGAAGGAUUACAUUUGCAGCAACUUAUCACUACUUGGUGGGAUUGGCCAGCAAAACCUAAGUUGCAGCAAAUACUCAAGGCAAUGCCAGCUAUUAUAAUGUGGGAAUUAUGGAAGAGAAGGAAUGCUAGAAGACAUGGAAGAGAAGUGACAUAUGAGAAGAUGAAGAGUCAGUGUCAUAAAACAGCCCAAAUGUUACUGAGAGUGAAAUACCCAUGGAUAAAAGGAGGUGAUCAGGUUUGGAAGGAUAUGAUUGCCAUACUAAACACAUAUAAGCCAAAAAUACAUUUUCGAGUGGUACACUGGGAUCCACCAGAUGCAGAUUGGGUGACGUGUAAUACAGAUGGGGCUUGCAAGGGAAAUUCUGGACAUAGUUCAUAUGGUUUCAGCAUAAGGGAUACUAAGGGUGAUUUGAUAUAUGCUGAAGCACAGUGCAUUGGGGAGGCUACAAAUAUGGAAGCUGAAUUGAUGGGGUAUGGAUGGCCCUGA